GGCUGUCUGUGACCCCCCCACCUCACCAUCCUCCUCCUCCCGGUGAGACUCUGUCUGGAUCAGACGGAGACACACCGACACACCGAGCUUCGGUCCCACCGACAGCAGCAGCGGAUCGCAGCCGAGCGGAGAGCGCCGAGUCCCGGUGACCAUGUCGGUGCUUGGCUCCGCCCCCAGCAGUGCCGACGCCUGCCUCAGCAUCGUACACAGCCUCAUGUGUCACCGGCAGGGCGGCGAGAAUGAGGGCUUUGCAAAACGGGCCAUCGAAAGUCUGGUGAAGAAGCUGAAGGAGAAGAAGGAUGAGCUGGACUCACUCAUCACCGCCGUCACCACCAACGGAGUCCACCCCAGCAAGUGUGUCACCAUCCAGAGAACGUUGGACGGACGGCUGCAGGUAGCGGGCAGGAAGGGUUUCCCUCAUGUGAUCUACGCCCGUCUGUGGCGUUGGCCCGACCUCCAUAAGAAUGAACUCAAACAUGUCAAGUUCUGUCAGUUCGCCUUUGACCUCAAGUACGACAGCGUCUGUGUCAACCCCUACCACUACGAAAGAGUGGCGUCGCCCGCCGCCACAGGUCCUCAGUCCCUGAUCAAGGAAGAGUUCAUGCAGGACUGUCUGCAGAUCGACUUGCCCCCCCACGCAGACCCCUACAGCCAGCCCCAUGCCGGCAGCAUGUAUCCCAGCAUGCCUCUCUCUCCUCCAGGUAGUGGCUCCAUCACACCUGCCGGGGGGGUCGGUGGGGGAAUGGGCGGGGCUCCUGAGGGCCCCGGGCUCCUGCAGAUUGCCUCCCCUCACGACCACGGCAACCGGACUCCCCCACCUCACCUGACCACACCCCACCCGCCUCACUCUUCGGCCGCUGCCUCCCCCCACCAGCAGAGCCCCGAGUACAACUGCCCCCCCAAACCUGUCACCUGGUCAGGUAACAGCCACGCCCCCUACAGCCCUGGAGGACCCCAGCUGAGUGGGCGGAGCCAUCAGCAGCAGGCACCAGUACAUCAUCAGCAUCACCACGCCCCCAACACACACUUCUGGUCGCAGCAUCACAGCGCUGCUCCGUAUCCUCAGCCAGUGUCCAACCAUCCAGGUCCAGAGUUCUGGUGCUCCAUCUCCUACUUUGAGUUGGACGUUCAAGUUGGUGAGAUGUUCAAGGUCCAGUCCAGCUGUCCUCUGGUGACCGUGGACGGUUACGUGGAUCCUUCAGGUGGUGAUCGGUUCUGUUUAGGGCAACUGAGCAAUGUACACCGAACCGCCGCCAGCCACCGUGCCAGGCUCCACAUCGGUCGUGGGGUGCAGCUGGAGUGUCGGGGGGAAGGUGACAUCUGGAUGCGUUGUCUUAGCGACCACUCGGUGUUUGUCCAGAGCUUCUACCUGGACCGGGAGGCGGGACGAGCGCCAGGUGAUGGAGUUCAUAAGAUCUACCCCGGAGCUUACAUCAAGGUUUUUGACCUGCGACAGUGCCACAGACAGAUGCAGCAGCAGGCGGCAGCAGCUCAGGCAGCUGUAGAGACUCAGCCAGUUGUCGGUUCGAUUCCUGGACAGAAUGGCGUUGGAGGAAUCUCACCUGCUGUCAGUGGGCACUCGGCGGCGGUUCAUCCUCCAGGUGUGCGUUCGGUGGCAGGUCUGGGCGUGGACGACCUGCGCAGGCUGUGCAUCGUGCGGCUGAGCUUUGUGAAGGGAUGGGGCUGCGACUAUCCUCGACAGAGCAUCAAAGACACGCCCUGCUGGCUGGAGGUUCACCUGCAUCGAGCGCUGCAGCUGCUCGACCAGGUGCUGCACAUGCUGCCAUCACGAGAACGCACACUCUGACACACACCUGUGGCGGUGCAACACCUGAACCCUGACAUCUGAUAUCUGUAACUUGAUACCUGUUUACUGACAACUGAUACAUGUUUAAAGACACCCAAUACCACACACUCAACACCUGAUACCCAUUUAAGGACACCUGUCAUCUGUCACCUGAUACCCAUUUAAGGACACCUGAUACUUGUUUUAGGACAUCUGAUACCUGACAACUGACUCCUGACAUCAUCUAAACCACAUGUGUCAAACUCAAGGCCCGCAGGCCAUAUCCGGCCGUAAUACAAUUAUAUCCGGCCCACGAGAUCAUUUUACAUUGAUUUAUUAUUAUUGUUAUUAAUGGCCCGACGAUAUGAAGCGCUGAUAACACCCAAACUACAGAUCCCAUAAUGCAGUGCAACAGCUGCCUUGCCGAAUGAGAGGUUACCUGGGAACAUUUCCGCGUCGUUUAAGUCAAGUGUCUGUUAUUGUCUGUAACCCUAUUGUAACGUCAAAGCUAGCCCUUAACAAUGGCGAAAAGAAAAGUUGAUUCUGAAAGCAGAGCCUUUCAAAGCGAUGGGAGGCUGAGUAUAUGUAUGUUGACAUUGCUGGUAAAGCCGUGUGUCUUAUUUGUGGAGCUAAUGGCUGUAAUUAAGGAAUUUAAUCUAAGAGGGCACUUUGAGACAAAACAUCAGGACAAGCUGAAAAACCUGCAUGCACCUUUGCACUAAAAUGUCGGAAAAACUUAGACUUAUUGUUAACUUAUUGUCGACUUAUUAUGCGAUAAGUUUACUGGUCUGGCCCCUUUGAGAUCAAAUUAGGCCGUAUGCGGCCCCUGGACCAAAAACAGUUUGACACCCCUGAUCUAAACAGUCAGGAUUGAGAAGCUCCGCCCACAUCCUCCUCCUCACAGGAGUCAACAAACACACCGUAGCACCUCAUUGGUCGUUUUAGACAAUCAGCCAAUCGCAGCAUCUUAUCCUUCCUGUCAGUCAUAUGAGUUUCCAUCAAUACCAGUGGCAAGUCUGACAAAUUAAGGGAUCAGUUCACACAAAUUAUUAUCUUGUUGUGUUGUUGUAUUAUAAUGUCAGCUCACUGACAUCACCCCCUGCUGGUUGGUUGCAGUAGAGGCCAUAAGGCCCACCCCUGUACAGUUACUAGUCACUGUUAUCAAGAAAAUUAAUAAUUUGAGUGAAGUGACCCUUUAACUGCUGGAAAACAUGUUGACAAUCAGCUGUUACCAAAAACACGCCCAUCGUCACGUCUCUCCUUAUUGUUUUGUUUCGUUUUGCUCUUUCCAUUUUGUGUUGGACUGUUUCUUCUUCUACUUUAUUUAUUUUUGUCAUCUACAGAACCUUCGUCCCCUCUUGUUGACAUCAUAUCCUGUUUCCACUGUGAUUCCUCUCUGACCUGUCAGAUUAUUUAUUCUGUCAUCAGGUUUUUUUCUGUCUUUUAGCACAUUUUACAUUUUAACUUUUUAUACUGAAAAGAUCUAAAACUCUGUAUCAUGCUGUUUAUUCAAAUUAAACUUUUAUGAUUAAAACUAAAUGAAUCACAACGUCUGUAUCUUUGUUUCCUCCUAGUUUGUGAACAAUAAACUGUAAAAUUAGA